AUGCAGUGCGAGAUGUUUAACAGCAGUUUUAUGGCUUUGUUGCUGACACUGGCGGUGACCCUUGCGCACAGUCUGCCGCCGCCGCCGUCGCCGUCGCUGCAUUCAAAGCAACUUCACACGCUGCACAAGUGGAAUGAUCUGGGCUUCAACAUAUUCGGCGCUGAGCAAACACAAAACAAACUCUUUCUGCCCGUGGAUGUGGACAUUGAGUACGGCGAUGAGGGACGCCAUCGCACGUUUUUGACAAUUCCACGCUUAAGCGCUGACACGCCCUUUACCUUGGCCACCGUGGCUAGCGCUGAUAAUGAAUUGCUUGAAAAUCCACGCCUCGAGCCCUAUCCCAAUCCUACUUGGCAUCUUGGCAGCAACAAUUGCAGCGGCAUUACCUCAGCCAUAAGAACAUACAUUGACGACUGUUGGCGUCUUUGGGUCGUGGACUCUGGUCAGCUGAACUCGCUGCAGCUUUGCGAGCCGCAAAUACUUAUAUUCGAUCUGGUCAAGGAUGAGCUGGUGCAGCGCUUUGUGCUGCCUUUGCAUAUGUAUACGCCAAGUAUUUCGAUAUUUACAGCACUGGUUGUGGACUUGACGGAUGAUGCUGCCGUCAGUAAAUGUUUGGGUGGCAAAGCGUAUAUAGCAGAUGCCUGGGGCUACGGCUUGAUUGUGUUCGAUGCGUUAACAGGCAAGGCGUGGCGCAUAGAACAUGAGUCCAUGGAGCCGUCGCUGCGAGUGCGACGCUUCAGCAGCGCUCAUGCAGGCAUAUUUACUGUUAGUCUUAGUCCCAGUGAAGCAACAGAGCGCUUCUUGUACUUUCACACGCUGAACAGUUUUUUGGAAAUAGCCAUACCACUUCACUUGGUAAACAACGCCAGUGUCUGGCAAACAGCUGCUAAUAAUCCAAUUAGAGCCGAUGCUGGUCAGCAAUUUCGUAUUCUGGGCACACGCAACGUCCAGUGCGAGUCGGAGGUGAUGGAUAACGCGGGCAAUCUCUUUUGCAGUCUUAUCAGCCUGGGAGCUUUGAUUAGUUGGCACGAGGAGUCAAACUACACUGCGGACGACAUACGUGCCGUUGCCUACAAUCCGCAGCAGCUGAAGUUCGUCACUGGCCUUAAAAUCAAUCGCAACUCUAAGGGCGAGAAUGAGCUGUGGGCACUUAGCAGCGAUCCUAAGCUAUUUGUCGGUGGCUCGCUAAAAGCAAAUGACACUAAGUUUCAAAUCAUCGGCUGCCGCACUGCUGACCUUCUGGCGAAUACACCCUGUACAGUUGCUGCCGCUGAUAAGAUCUAA